UUUCCUGCCCAGAGAGCCUCAGCAGCAACAGCCGACAAGACAUCACCCCAAGGUCCGGCCCUACGACAAAACGGGGAUGGCCGGCAAUAGGGUGAACAACUUUAUUGAGGACUUGAAGGGAAAGAAGGUGUUAACAAAGCAAGAGUUACGUGCAUUAGGGAAAAGAGUGGACCUCAUCGUGGAUAAGACUGAAGGCCUGAUUGAUGGUCUCAAUGAGAAAUCGGGAAUAGUAGGAAAAAUGUUAGUGAAAAGUAUCUUCGGUCCCAAAGGCGAGCUGGCUUUAGAAAUUCUUGAUGAAAUUGAGAAUUAUGACUCUGACAACAGCGGGUCAUAUUCCUCUUCGACAGAAUAUGAAGAUGAAAGUGAAGAAAGUGAAGAAAAUGAAGAAGAGGAAAAUGCUGAGUCAUCCCAGGAAAUGGAUCCCCCGAUAGUAGAAGACACCAAACCUGCUGGCUCAUGUGAACCCUCAAACCUCACUGAAGACAAGAAAUCACCCCAAGAUCUGGUCAAUGACAAAAAGGGGAUUGCUCAUGGCAUGCUUGGUACCUUUUUUGCGGACUUGAGGGAAAAGAAGGUGUUAAAAGAACGAGAGAUACAAACACUAGGGGAAACAGUGAAUGUCAUUGUGGAUAAGACUGAAGGCCUGGUUGGUGAUCUCACUGAGAAAACUCAACUGGUGGGCAAAAUGCUAAAGAACCAUUUCUUCAGUUCCAAGAGCGAGGCGACUAUAAAGAUGGUAACUGAAAAUUCAGAGGACGAAAAGGGAAAGAUGCCUGUAAUUUUUUCUCUUGUAGUUUUUCAGGUAACCCAGGCUUCCCAAAUCAAUGUGCUGAAGCUUUGUCCUUGUAUCCAUUUUAAGGAACCAAAGACAAUAAUGGCACAUGAGAUCUAUCCAGUGAUGGAGAAGACGAGCCGAAUGCGCCUGGCUCUCAUCAUUUGCAAUAGAACAUUCGAUUAUCUUUCUGAGCGAGAAGGCUGUGAAAAGGACAUUUCGGGGAUGCGAGAUCUGCUGGAGAACCUUGGAUAUUCAGUGGUUAUAAAGGAAAAUCUCACCGCUCAGGAAAUGAAGGUCGAGCUGAAGCACUUUGCCACCCGCCCAGAGCACCGCUUCUCAGACAGCACGUUCCUCGUGUUCAUGUCACACGGCAUCCUGGACGGGAUCUGUGGGACAAAGCACAGGGAGGAAGAGCCAGAUGUCCUUCACGACGACACCAUCUUCCAGAUUUUCAACAAUCGCAACUGCAGGAACCUAAAAGACAAACCGAAGGUCAUCAUCAUGCAGGCCUGCCGAGGCAAAGGCAACGGGGCCGUCUGGGUGACAGAUGUGGGAGAAGCCUGUGCAUGGCCGGAAAACCAGCCCUCAGCACCCUACAUCUUCAGUGAUGCCGUACAAAAGACCCAUGUGGAGAAGGACUUCAUCGCUUUCAAAUCUUCGACUCCACAUAAUGUUUCCUGGAGACUGAACACAGAUGGCUCUGUCUUCAUUUCCCAUCUUAUCCGCUACUUCAAAAUGUAUUCUUGUUGUCAUCAUUUGGAGGAGAUUUUCCGAAAGGUUCAAUAUUCAUUUGAGACUCCAAAUAUAAUUACCCAGAUGCCCACGAUUGAGAGACUCUCCAUGACACGAUAUUUCUACCUCUUCCCUGGGAAUUAAAACUCAUACACAGCAUCUCAGUCUUAAUGUCUCUCAAGGACCUACCUACCGAGUGGAAGAUAUUUAGUUCCGAAGCUUGCACAA